GAAGUCUCUCUUUGCUGUUCAGGACUUUCAUUCAAACAUAUGUGAUAUCAUGUGUUUUCUGUUCUGUGGGUGAAGUGCACUCAAAACUGUAAAAUGUUGCGCAAAAGGACUAACGGACGAGAAGAUGCGGACAAUGGCAAUAAACCUGAGAGAAAGAAGACCCCAGAGGACUAUAGUGUUACUGGUUCGACUGUCUCUCAGAAGAGCUGCUGGGCUGUUGUGUCUUUUUGGAUGAAGGUUUUGCUCUUCGUCAUCUUCACUCCAGCUUUCUUGAACUAUGCCUCCCUGCAAAGAGAAGGACAGGUGUUGUCACCCACAGAUGCUCAUCUAAUUGAUAUCGGCCUCGGAGAAAAGAUCCAUUUACACUGUAAAGGACAUGGGCAACCAGUUGUCAUUCUUGAUGCUCCAGCAGGGAUGUCUUCAGAUAUUUGGUUUCAUGUGCAAGAGAGUCUUUCGUUUUCAACAAAGGUGUGCACUUACGACAGAGCUGGUCUGGGUUUUAGCCGAAGAGCCCUGCAGAAUGAAACUACAGGCACAGAGAAGGUCUGGAGAUUAUCAACUACGGGCAGGAUGGUGGAUGACCUUCACCGAUUGGUCAAGGCUGCAGAUUUAGCCACACCCUUCAUUCUGAUUGGCUCUGAGCUAGGAACUCUCAACGGCAGGUUCUACAGCCACAUUCAUGAUACGCAAGUGUCUGACCUGGUGCUGAUCGAUCCAAUCCCCGAGGACGUCUUUGAGGAGCAGAAGUGGCAGCAGUUCUGGUACUCUCAGCUCAUCCCAUCUCUGCAGAUGAUGCAGUUCUCCGCAGCCGCAGGUUUGAGUCGUCUGCUCAUUAUUCUGGGUGUGCUGAAGCCGCUCAUUCAGGGUGAACACAUCUCGGAGGAGCUCCUGCAGCGACAGAAAUAUCUGCUGUGUAACCCUGCCCACCAGAGCGCUGCAGUGGAUGAGCAUUUCUUCCUCAAUGAAAGCGCAUCUCAAGUCAGCGAGAUCUCCAGAUAUAAGCCUCUCUCCAGCAAGACAUCUGUGCAUGUGAUCACGGGGGAAUCGUUUGAUGAUCAGCUUCCUUCAGAUCUCAACCGAGUGCUCGCCGAACUUCAGAGCAAGUUUUUGGAGCGCUCUUAUCCCAAUGCAAAUCGCAUUCAGAUUCACGGGGCGGAUCGGCACAUGAUCUACAAAAAUCCAUCUUCGCUUAUCAAACAUUUGCAUAAGCUCGUGGCGCAAAGGCAGACCAACCAACAGAGGCAGUGAGAUGCUUUGGAAAAUGCAGACUUUCUUAUAGCAAACAUUGUCAUUCUUCUCAGUAUGAAGGUGGAAUCUGUCUAGUUUGUUGGUGGAUUGUGUAUUUUGAUGAACUGCUGAAAAAAAUAAUUGAUUGUUUUUGUGUUUUAGGUUAAAAUACCUUAUUAGAAAUGCAGCAACUUAUCAAAAAUGCCUCAGUUUGAUGCCUCAAUUUUUUUUUUUAGAAAUGCAUAACCCAAAUUCAUUACAUAAAUGUCAUUUUUCUUCUUAUGUAGACAGCUGUUACUUUCUAUCUUCAAUAAUGCAAGAUGCUAAAUAACAUUUUUCUGCGUAUGAAGCAGGAAUCUGUAGUUUGUUGAUGGAUUGUGCAUUUUGAUGAACUGCUGAAGAAAAUAAUUAAUUGUUUCUGUAUUUUUGAUGAGAAAGCCUUAUUAGAAAUAUAGUAACUUGUCAAAAACGCCUCAGUUAGAAAUGUUGUAUUGGAAAAAUAAUGCUAAAGAACUUUUUUUUUUAAGCAUCAAAAUUUUGGUCAGAAUUUAUUUAGAAAAUAUCUGCCCUCAAAUAUUUGAUGAACGCAUAACCAGCCCAAAUUCUUUACAUAAACGCUGUCAUUUUACUGCCUAGGAAGCAGAAUUCUGUCUAGUUUGUUGGUGGAUUGUGCAGUUUGAUGAACUGCUGACCAAAAUGAUUGAUUGUUUCUGUGUUUUUGGUUAAAAUGCAUGAUUAGAAAUGCGGUAACUUGUCAAAAACACCUCAAUUUGACGCCUCACAUAUUUUUUUUAAUGCAUAACCAACCCAAAUUCUUUAAUUAAAUGCUGUAAUUUUCCUACUUAUGUAGAGUUUAGUAACAGUCACAGCUGCCAAUUUCUGUCUUCAAUGAUCCAAGAUGCCAAAUAACUUUGUCAUUCUUCUGAGUAUGAAGCUGAAAUCUGUCUAGUUUGUUGGUGGAUUGUGUAAUUUGAUGAACUGCUGAAAAAAAUAAUUGAUUGUUUUUGUGUUUUAGGUUAAAAUACAUUAUUAGAAAUGCAGCAACUUAUCAAAAAUGCCUCAGUUUGAUGCCUUAAUUUUUUUUUUUUAGAAAUGCAUAACCCAAAUUCAUUACAUAAAUGUCAUUUUUCUUCUUAUGUAGACAGCUGUUACUUUCUAUCUUCAAUAAUGCAAGAUGCUAAAUAACAUUUUUCUGCGUAUGAAGCAGGAAUCUGUAGUUUGUUGAUGGAUUGUGCAUUUUGAUGAACUGCUGAAGAAAAUAAUUAAUUGUUUCUGUAUUUUUGAUGAGAAAGCCUUAUUAGAAAUAUAGUAACUUGUCAAAAACGCCUCAGUUAGAAAUGUUGUAUUGGAAAAAUAAUGCUAAAGAACUUUUUUUUUUAAGCAUCAAAAUUUUGGUCAGAAUUUAUUUAGAAAAUAUCUGCCCUCAAAUAUUUGAUGAACGCAUAACCAGCCCAAAUUCUUUACAUAAACGCUGUCAUUUUACUGCCUAGGAAGCAGAAUUCUGUCUAGUUUGUUGGUGGAUUGUGCAGUUUGAUGAACUGCUGACCAAAAUGAUUGAUUGUUUCUGUGUUUUUGGUUAAAAUGCAUGAUUAGAAAUGCGGUAACUUGUCAAAAACACCUCAAUUUGACGCCUCACAUAUUUUUUUUAAUGCAUAACCAACCCAAAUUCUUUAAUUAAAUGCUGUAAUUUUCCUACUUAUGUAGAGUUUAGUAACAGUCACAGCUGCCAAUUUCUGUCUUCAAUGAUCCAAGAUGCCAAAUAACUUUGUCAUUCUUCUGAGUAUGAAGCUGAAAUCUGUCUAGUUUGUUGGUGGAUUGUGUAAUUUGAUGAACUGCUGAAAAAAAUAAUUGAUUGUUUUUGUGUUUUAGGUUAAAAUACAUUAUUAGAAAUGCAGCAACUUAUCAAAAAUGCCUCAGUUUGAUGCCUUAAUUUUUUUUUUUAGAAAUGCAUAACCCAAAUUCAUUACAUAAAUGUCAUUUUUCUUCUUAUGUAGACAGCUGUUACUUUCUAUCUUCAAUAAUGCAAGAUGCUAAAUAACAUUUUUCUGCGUAUGAAGCAGGAAUCUGUAGUUUGUUGAUGGAUUGUGCAUUUUGAUGAACUGCUGAAGAAAAUAAUUAAUUGUUUCUGUAUUUUUGAUGAGAAAGCCUUAUUAGAAAUAUAGUAACUUGUCAAAAACGCCUCAGUUAGAAAUGUUGUAUUGGAAAAAUAAUGCUAAAGAACUUUUUUUUUUUAAGCAUCAAAAUUUUGGUCAGAAUUUAUUUAGAAAAUAUCUGCAAUCAAAUAUUUGAUGAACGCAUAACCAGCCCAAAUUCUUUACAUAAACGCUGUCAUUUUACUGCCUAGGAAGCAGAAUUCUGUCUAGUUUGUUGGUGGAUUGUGCAGUUUGAUGAACUGCUGACCAAAAUGAUUGAUUGUUUCUGUGUUUUUGGUUAAAAUGCAUGAUUAGAAAUGCGGUAACUUGUCAAAAACACCUCAAUUUGACGCCUCACAUAUUUUUUUUUAAUGCAUAACCAACCCAAAUUCUUUAAUUAAAUGCUGUAAUUUUCCUACUUAUGUAGAGUUUAGUAACAGUCACAGCUGCCAAUUUCUGUCUUCAAUGAUCCAAGAUGCCAAAUAACUUUGUCAUUCUUCUGAGUAUGAAGCUGAAAUCUGUCUAGUUUGUUGGUGGAUUGUGUAUUUUGAUGUACUGCUAAAGAAAAUAAUUGAUCGAUUCUUUGUUUUUAGUUAAACUAAGUUAUUAGUCAAAAACACCUCAAUUACAAAUGUUUUGCAUUGAAAAUUAAGCCUAAAUAUCUUUUCUAAGCAUCAACAUUUUCGUUGUAAUUAGUUACAAUAUCAGCUCUCAAAUAUUUCAUAAAUGCAUAACCAACCCAAAUUCUUUACUUUAAUGCUGUAAUGUUACGACUUAUGUAGCAGAAAUCUGUCAUUUGUUGAUGGAUUGUGCAUUUUGAUGAACUGCUGAAAAAAAUUAUUGAUCGUUUCCAUGUUUUUGGUUAAAAUAGAACUUGUCAAAAAUUCCCUUAAAUAUUUUGCAUUGAAAAUUAACCCAGUGAACUUUUUUUAAGCAUUAACAUUUUUGUUGUAAUUUGUCUAUAAAAUAUCAGUCCUCAAAUAUUUUAUAAAAGUAUAAACAACCCAAACUCUUUACUUAAA